AUGGUCAAACAAGAGAAAUUCGCAGUUGAGCAAUUCAUGGAUAAAUAUGAAACCAAGAUUGAUUACAACAUGGCAGAAACAUGUACAGCAUCAAUCAGUUUCAAUGAAUUAUUUGCAUUAAUCCCCGACCAAAAACUUGCCAAAUCAAUCAGUGACGAUAUUUUAAAUACAUGCUUAACCUAUGGACAUAUUCGUGGAUCUCCAGAGUUAAAAUCAGCAAUUGCUAAUGUUUAUAAUGAAUUAGAUGAUCCUGAACAUAAGAUCGUUCCAAAUGAUAUUGUCAUUACGAAUGGAGCAAUUGGGGCUAAUUUUUUGACAUUGUAUAGUUUGGUAGAUAAGGAUGAUAAAGUAAUCGUGGUUGAUCCUACAUAUCAGCAAUUAGCUUCUGUUUCAGGAAUGUUUUCUGGAAAUAGAGGAAAUGUUAUUCCAUGGCAUUUGAAAUACGAGGAUGGAUAUUUACCAAACCUUGAAGAGUUGGAAGGCUUGAUUAAGACUCAUUCUCCAAAGCUUUUAGUUAUUAAUAAUCCUAACAAUCCAACUGGGGUAGUCUGGGGAGACGAUAUUAUGAAGCAGAUUGUGGAAUUGGUAAAGAAGUAUGACAUUUACGUUUUGUGUGAUGAAGUUUAUCGUCCAUUAUAUCAUUCGAUUGAUGCGAAGCAACCCAAAUCGAUUGUUAAUUAUGGUUAUAAUAAAACCAUUCUGACUUGUUCAACGUCAAAGGCAUUCUCUUUGGCAGGAUUAAGAUUAGGUUGGAUUGUAACUAGGGACCAAGAAAUUAUUGAAGAAUUAUAUGCUAAACGUGACUACAAUAUGAUUUCGAUAAGUACAAUUGAUGAUAAAUUGGCAACAAUUGCUCUUGAAAACUAUAAAGUUAUUGUUAAAAGAGGAUAUGAAAUUUGUUUGAAGAAUUUGGAGAUUUUGCAACAGUAUAUCAACCAAUCUCGAGGAAUAUUUUCCUGGGUUAAACCGAAAGGUGGUUCAACUUGUUUUAUCAAAGUGAAUAUUGAUAAUAUUGAUACUUAUGAGAUGUGUGUAGAAUUGGUUGAAAAAUACAAGACAUUGAUUGUUCCAGGGGAGGUAUUUGAUAACCGAAAGGGGUACCUCCGAGUCGGAUUUGGUAAUAAAACUGAAGACAUAGUUGAUGGGUUAAAGCGAUUAACUUUAUACUUAAAGGAUAAAGGAUAUGCCUAG